AUGACAGGAUUAUCUCCCAAAUUGGAUUUCAGGAGCUCAGCAGCUAUGGAAAAACGAGAUGUGGAACAGGUCGAGGUCAAAGGUGACCAUGAACCCUCACCAGACGAGCUCAUCGCCGGUUCUGAUCAGAGAAUCAAGCGUUCGGCUCUUGAACGAAGGCUCCUUCUCAAGGCGGACUUGGUGAUCGUACCACUCAUCUCCGCUGCAUAUCUCGCAUCAUACCUGGAUCGCAACAGCAUCGGCAAUGCUAGGAUCAUGGGCUUACAAAAAGAUCUUCGCAUGAAUGCGGACCAGUUCUACAACUGUCUGACAAUGUUCUUCAUCGGCUAUGCAGUCUCAAUGUUUCCCGCGAAUCUCACAGCACGAAAAUUCAAGCCGAACCGCUCGCUUGGUGUGGCUGUGGUCUUUUUCGGUAUUUGUUGCUGCGGAAUGGCAGAGGCAAAGAAUUAUGCCACGAUCCUUGGACUGCGCAUAUGUCUCGGUAUAGGUCAAGGAUUCAUCCAGAUGGCCCCUAUCUACUGCAGCCUAUGGUAUAGACGUGAUGAACUGGCAACGAGAUCAUCAAUAUAUUACGCGUGUGCAACUCUCUCUGGGGCUUUCGGAGGUUUGAUCGCAUACGGAGUGCAGUCAGACCUUGGGUCUCAGGGCGGUCGAAAACCUUGGUCGUGGUUGUUUCUGAUCGAAGGCGUAUUGGCCAUCGGGAUCGGACUUCUAGUUAUUCUAGCAUUGCCACGUUUUCCGGAUGAUCUGCAUCGCCGCGAAAAGCGACAUUGGCUUUUUAAGCCAGAAGAAAUUGACCUGGCAUACAACAGAUACAAUGCCUAUAAUGCGGAAGGCGACAAGUUUCGAAUAAAGCAACUGCUUGCGGUUUUGAAAGACGUCAAAUCUUACUUUUUCAGCUUCAUCCAGAGCGCGGCCGUGUUGGGCGUUUCGGUGGUUGGUAGUUUCCUGCCUACUUUCAUCCACGAUUUUGGUUUCAGUCCCGUCCGCACGCAACUAUUCACGGUGAUUCCAUACGCUCUUGCCUUUGUCACCGUAAUCACGGUUGGGUACCUUUCCGACCGCUGGAAUACUAAAGGCCCAUUCCUUUUCGCGUCAUGCUGCAUCGGAUGCCUCGGCUACAUCUUGCUGAUGACGGUCUCCGCCACGACUGCGAGAGUAGUCGCAACUUGCCUUGUGACUGCGGGAUGCUACCCGAUCGGAAUUCUUCUGCCUGUAUGGCUCUCAAUCAACACUCCCAACUUCACUAAGCGUGGAGCCACAUGGGCAUUUUCCGAAAUCUUUGGCAUUGGCUUCUCGAUCAUGGGCACUCGAAUCUACACUGAGCCACCAAGAUAUUAUAGAGGACAUGGAACUGUCCUCGGCUUUUUCGCCUUUGCGGCGAUAAAUGUGGCAGCGGCAUAUCUCUGGAUGAGGAGACAGAAUAGGAAGAAGGAUGCCAUUUUGGAGGAUUAUGCUCGUCGUGGAGAGAUGCAUCCACACAUUGCGCAAAGAAUGACUCUCGAGGCAUUGCAGGACGAGCAUAUCGCCUUCCGAUAUGUUCUGUAA